GUUCGUCCCUCGCUGGUUCUGCGUCUCCAAACUCCGCCAUCUAGCUGUCGGUAUAGUUCCAACAAAGCCCCCAGUCCUUCCAUUUUGAUAGCCCCUUAUCGUGAGUUGGUCAGCAAAGGCGGUGUAUGGCGCUUGCACCCCUUCGGCCUUGAUUUGUAUCAUUCUAUCCGCGCGAAUACGAGACCCACCCUCGACCUUCUGCAUCUGUAGUAGAUAUGGGUGUCAAGGACAGCUCGUUAAAGAAGGAACUCUCGGCUCUCACUGACUGCAUCAAUGAAACCACGUUGUUGGACUUGGCCGCCAGGUUCUCGGACACGUACCGACAUCUCGCAAAAUGCUCCAUUGAGCAUUUCCUGGUCACGCCUGUGACAGCGCUUCCUUCCGGUAAAGAGAAGGGUAGGUUCCUGAGUAUUGACGUUGGGGGUACCAAUCUAAGAGUUGGGUUCAUUGAGUUGCUGGGUGAGCUGGGGAAUGGCACGUCUACCUCCCCCGCCGAGGCGCCGAAGCUACCGAUGUCGAAAAUUAGGAGAUCGCAUGAUCGGGCGUGGCCGAUCGAAGAGCAUUUGAAGAUGGAUCAGGCUGAGGACCUUUUCGCUUGGAUUGGGGAUUGUAUAGCAGAAGUGAUAUUGGACUAUCUAAAUGAUCUUCCCGUGUCCGAAUCUGUGGAGUCGCCACUUGGAGAGGAGCUACUUCUAGGGAUAACUUUUAGUUUCCCCAUGGCACAAACGUGCCUGUCAGAAGCAACAUUGCUACCGAUGGGCAAAGGCUUUGCCAUUACUUCCGAUCUGGAUCUAAAGAAGAUGCUGCUCGCUGGAUACGCACGCCAUCUGGUAGAGCCUGGCGCGAGUGGCGAGAACGGUUACGCUUCAAAUAAGAAGAGAAGGAUAUCACGGCUGCCUAGAAUACGCAUUGCCGCCAUCACCAACGACACCGUAGCCACAUUUGCUUCUCUAGCUUAUGCAGUCAAGGCUGCACCCAACAGUCGAGUAGCUAUGGGACUCAUCGUUGGGACAGGAACAAAUGCUACAGUGCCCAUGAAGAUUGGAGAUCUCCAUCCAUCGAAAAUAAAAGAACUCGCCAAUCCGGAAGGCGUGGAGAUGAUAGUGAUCAACACAGAAUGGACAAUAAGGGGGACAGAUAAACCUCUUAUCGACCUAAAUAUCAAAACGAAAUGGGACUUAGAACUGGACAGGAAUAGCGAGGCCCCAGGAUUCCAGCCAUUCGAAUACAUGACCGCGGGUCGCUAUCUGGGUGAAAUCGUGCGGCUCACGUUUGUGGAUUUAGUGUCGCAAGAGUUUGGACAGGAUACAAUUCCUCCAUCCUUGAUGGCAAAGAACGCUAUUCCAACGAGAUUCCUUUCCGAGAUCGUGGCUAGAGCCGAUGACGAGACCUUAACUGCACAACUCAAGAAGCGAUAUGCUUCGACUAACUCUACAACUACCUUCUGGACGCCUGCGAGAGUAGACUUGAUAAUCGAGAUAGCUUACAUUGUUCAGCAAAGAUCCUCAGCACUAAUUGCAGCCGCAUGUGUUGGCUUAUUGGACUGCGUACACGAUAUUCGAAUCGAUCGGCUGGGCCAGACCCCGGACGUAAAAAAUGGGAACGGAGUCAACCACAAAGAAGUAGAGCCUGAAGAAUUAGUGGUCGCAUAUGCUGGCGGAACGAUAUCUCAAUACCCGGAGUGGCUAGGGACAUGUCAGCGGUGGAUCAACACUUUGGUGAAAAGGGCAUCAUCUGCAAAUAGUUCAAAGCGGGUGGUGCUGAAGGAGGCACUGGAUGGGGGCGUUAUUGGAGCGGGUGUGCUAGCGGGAAUGACUGAUGGCAUUGCAUAGGAGUUUAGAAGGGGUUUUGAUGGAAGGGAAUUAUAGAAGGAUAUUAAUAAGGGCAUCCUCGCUGGCCCUAUGCCCUUUUCUUUUACUCUUCUCCUGCUUGAUCCGGUAGAGAGCU